CCAAAAAAAAAAAAAGGGAAAUAAGAGUGUCCUUUGCGCAUUUUUUUUUUUUUUUUGGUCUCAUAUUCUAUUCACCCUACACAGACAGACUAUGCCUCUUUCGUCGUCAUUCGCAGAUAUCGCACAAAAGUCUAUGGUGCUUUUCCUUGCUGGCACCACAGUAUAUUACAUGGUGAAUGUGGGUGUGUUGGUGGAUCGCCGUAUGAAGCUUAAGAAGGAAGGUAGAUUGGAAGAGGAAUUGGCUCGUUGGAACGGUAUUCCUCCGCCCGCCAAAAGAGAAAGUCCCAACAGUCUGCACGCCGAAACCGACACCACUCCCACCCCAAUGCCAACGAAUGAUCGACCCGGUUGUUAAAUUUCAUUUUAUCGGAUUACAUUUUAAAUGUAUUGUAUUCUUGUAUAGUUCUUUUGUAUUGAAAAUUGUUCUCUUUUUUUUUUUUUUACUUUUUCCAAAUAUAGUCAUUAUCCUUCAUCAUCUC